AUACUCUGACACUUCAAACGUCAGUCACUGUUUUGUUUGGGGAUUUCAAUGUUUACGUUUUGUUCAAAUUCAUUAUGGCAAUGUCUGACCCUAUUGCAUACAAUGUAGAUGAGAGAAUACAACCUUAUUUGCCCGAUAAGUCACGGGUGCGGUACGAGGCUGAGUAUGCAAAAUUCAUGAAAUGGCAAGAAGCACAAGACACGAAUUCAUUCACAGAGGAAGUAUUGCUGGAGUAUUUCGGUGAGAUGGCAAAAACAGUAGCACCAACAACACUAUGCACCGGUUAUUCAAAGCUGAAGCCUAUGCUCAGUUCUAAGCAUAAUGUCAAUAUUGGCGAAUACGCUCAAUUACUAGCUUUUCUGAAAAAGGCCAAAGAGGGCUUCAUCAGUAAUAACCUACCACGUCAAUUCACCGCAGACGAAGUAAAUAAAUUUUUGCAAGAAGCGUCGGAUACGGAGUACGUCGUUGUUAAGGCUGUGACGGUGUUCGCGAUAUGUGUAUCAACGCGGUCUGAUACGUUGAUCAGCAUUAAGAUGGAGUACAUAAAAGAUUACGGUACAGAAAUCGUGGUACGAGUUCCAAAUCCAAAGACCAACGCGAUUAAGGUCUGUACAAUCAGUGGCAAAAUGGUCGAUUUUGUGCGGAAUUACAUUCGCCUACGACCGAAGACAGUUCAAACUGACAGAUUAUUCAUUCAAUGUCGAGAUGGAAAAUGUGUCGGUCAACACGUUGGGAAACAAACAAUCGCCAGAAUGCCCCAAAAAAUUGCAAAGUUCCUUGGAUGGCCAGAAUCCGACAUAAUUGGUGGACUCAACUUUAAACGAAUGUCGAAUGCAAUCAUGUCAAAUGCGAAAGUGAAGCCUAGUUCAGCUUUCGAAGGUAGGUGCAGGAAAAUUACGUUUUGGAAUGCGGCUAACUUUCGUGCUUGUUGUCGUAUUCUAGUACCAAACCUAAUAACGGGACGGAUAGAAGCUGCUCAAGCUCCAGAAAAUAAUUAUUCGAAGAACGCCACUGAAGUGAAUCUGCAAAUGGAUCGACUUACACCGAGCGACAGAAUAAAACAGGAAGAUGAGCAGCACUUUGAGGCCGGAGAAUACAUUCUUAGCGAGACAAAUCAUUACUCCACUCAGGACAUCGACAUUAAAACUGAAGAAGAAUCUCCGGAUGAUAAUUCUGAUUUCGGCGACCAUGGAAAUGUGAACCACUGUGACACCACACCAAUAAAUCGAAUAACACCGGAUCAACGGCUGCAUCCACACGAACUCACAGAUACCUUUCCAUCAGAAACAAAUCCGAACAAACGACUAAAAUGUGCAGGGGACGUUCUAGAUGCUUCAAAUUCGUUCACAUCCUGCGGAAAUUGUUCACUUAGACAACAAACGAUCAAAGCUCAAGCAGAGGAAAUGGCCAGACUGAAACAACUGACUGACCGGCAAAAUUUAAAAAUUGAGAGUUUGGAAACACUUCUGCUGGACAGCCUGCGCAAAAAGUUCGAGACUUCGUAAUAUUGCUUCGUUGCCGAUGGCCAUUACAAACUACUUCUCAACCUAUGUACCACCAUCAGCAGUCACUUUAAAAUGAUCUACUUGCGCUGGUGUUCAAUCCCAUGUAUAUAAUAAUACUAAAAUCAUCUGAACAAAUGAAUUCACUUAGUUUAGUCCAUUUUUUGUUGUUGUCAAUGAAAU